AUGCCGGUGGAGUGUAUAGACUGGCAGCGCUUUGCCUACGGGCAGACAUCAGACAACAGCUCAUCGCUCUCCAAACCCCCCCACAGUCGCUCUCCAGAAGAUGCACAGAGAGAGGGGGAAGCAGCUUCAGCAGAGUCUGCCACUCCUGCUGCUGUGAGGGACGCGAAGGAGGUGGGGUCCUCCUCUGCCCCUGCAGCGAAGGACUCUGCGCCUUCAGACCCUGCGCCCUCCUCUGCAGCAGAGGCUCCGCGAUCCGAUGGCCGGCCAGCUGCUGCUGAUGCUGCAGAUGAUGCUGCUGAGCCAGCAACGCCCCCCUCGCGUGUAGCUUCCCUGCACGACAGAGGGGGCGGCCGGUCGGGCUGGCUUUCCUUUGGGAGCAGCAGCGGGGGCAAGCACAGCGGGGCGAGCCGGAGUCGCCCGAGUCACGCCAGCAGCGGGAGCAAGAGCAGCAGCAGCAAGAGCAGCAGCAAGUCGGGCAGCAGUGCGAGCAAAAGGAGUUCAUCAUCAGUUGCUUCAGCACAGGAGCCCGGGGAAACCCUCUCGAAGAAGCGCAAGUUGCUGAAGGGGGGAGUUGCUGCGUGUGGGGCCACGAGCAGCGACGGCGAGUCAUCUGCUGCAGCGCAGCAGCUCAGUGCUGCUGCUGGAGAGGGGCGUCUUUCUAAGGGCGGACGGAGUGUCUGCCGCAACACGAAGAACAGCAGCAGCAGCACCAGUGAAGGCGAGCCUUCAGACAGCGACGAGGAGUCGCUUGACGCGCUGCAGCUCUGUCUGCAGGAGUCGGAGGCCAUGACCGACUUGUUGGUUGAAGAGCUGGGGGGCCCCACAGAGGAGGGCAAAACUCAAGUCCGACAGCAGAUAGGGGAGGGCCGCUGCCACUGCCGCACGUCACUGGGCAUUCCGAAGGCCCUGCAGCAGCACUGCGAGGAGGUCUGGGAACGCCUCAAAGACUACCAGAAAUGCGGAGUCCACUGGCUAGUCUCCAUGCACAAGGCCAACAGAAACGGCAUUCUUGCAGAUGAGAUGGGACUUGGCAAGACCGCGCAGACUUGUGUGUUUUUUAACUACGCGUAUUCCAGCGGUCUUUUGUCCACCCCAACUCUCAUCGCUGCGCCUGCGUCUCUCGUGGACAAUUGGGUGCGAGAGCUGGAAACUUGGGCCCCUCACUUGGCUGGGCGAGUCGUGAAGUAUGCGGGGAAACAGUCUGAGCGGCGCAAUAUUGCCCUGGAGUGUAUAGACAGCUUGCAGGGUUCAACGCCGUUUCGGGUGUUGGUGGCCUCUGUCAAUUCGCUUUCAAACAAAUGGGAUGUUCAGUAUUUGCGCCAGCUGAGGCCGUUUGCUUAUCUUGUAGUAGACGAGGCUCACGCGCUAAAAAACAAAGAUUCUCAGGUUUAUAAGAACAUCAACAAAAUGGCUCGCUGUGAAAGGCGCAUUCUGCUGACAGGCUCACCUAUUCAGAACCGAACUGGUGAGCUGCGCAAUUUGCUGCUUUUCCUGAUGCCUGCGGUGUUUGAUUCCGAGUCCCUCGACUUGGCCCUCACCGCCUUCGAGCGGCAAGCACAGCGCCAGCGCGCUUGCGAGGCAAAGGCGAAACUCAAAGCCAAUAAGGCGCAGCAGGCGGGAGACAAGCAAAAAGGACGGCAGGAGCAGCUGCAGCCAGAGCAGCAACACAAAACCGAGCCUCCAUCUGCAGCCGCAGAGGCCGAGGGAAACAGUGGCAGCAAUAGCAGCAACUGCAGCAGCGGUGCCGGAAGCGGCCAAGAGCAGCAAAAGCAGCUGGGGGAAACUACGGAUACACCUGAAGAAGAGAACAACGACAAUGCGAAUGACAGAAGCUUCUUAAGCCGCGCCUUUGCGACUUUGGCUUCUCGGGGGGCAAAGCGGAGCGAAGUCGGGAGACUGCCUGCCGACGUGACUUGCCUGCAGAGGGUGCUGUCGCCGUUUAUUUUGCGUCGUCUUAAGAGUGAAGUGAUGCAAGAACUUCCAAGAAAGACAAACAUAGUUUUGCGGUGCGAGCUCGAAGGGUCCCAGAAGACCCUCUACCUACGGGAAGUUCGGCAGCAUGAGUCCGACCUCGCCCUCUCCCUCAGGCGGCUCACUCAGUCGUUUGCCCUUGACGGCGACACAGACCAGAUCACAAGCAGCGCGCGCAGCGGCACUGGCACUGCAGCACAGAAGGGGGACACAGGCUCAAGCGGCCAGCAGGCCAAUGAGGGAGAUUCCAGAGAACCUGAAGCGGGCGGGAAACGCUUUGUGAGUAGCCUCCUGUUCCGCUUGAGGCGUAUAUGCAAUCAUUCGCUCUUGAUGCAGGGACGAUACACUUCGGAGCAGAAAGAUCGCAUGGCGCGUCAUUACGCUUAUCAUGUGGACGGGUUCAAAGGAAAUCCUAUCGAGAAAAUCCGCGCAGAAUUUGAUAAGUGGAGCGACUACGAAAUACACCAAGGCGUUCGCUUACUAGCCGAACAGGGAGACAUGAAGCUUGCCGACCUUGCACUGCCUGCGGAGGCAUUCCUUGAAAGCACGAAACUAAGAAAGGCCCUUGAACUUCUGAAGGAAGUGCAAAACAAGGGAGAGAAGGCUUUGGUGUUCAGCCAAUUUACGACUUUCCUAGACGUUGUGGAGGAGGCGCUGCAGCUGCACUUGCCGACUUUGCGAUUCUGUAGACUGGACGGCUCCACCGUCGUGGAAGAGCGACAGCGACUUGUUGAUGGAUUUAAUCAGACUGAAGAAUGCACUGCUUUUCUCUUAUCUACCAAGGCAGGCGGGCAAGGCCUUAACCUCACUGCAGCGCGCACUGUCAUUCUUCUAGAUCAGGACUGGAAUCCGCAGAACGACCGACAGGCUGAAGACCGAGUGCACCGCCUGGGCCAAACUCACGAAGUGACAGUUUACCGCCUUUGCUGUCGAGGCACAGUGGAAGAGUCUAUUCUCAAGUGCUGUCAGCGAAAGCUGGAUUUGGACAGCGCCUUUGGAGGCAACUCGGAAGUUCUUCAAGCAGCAAUAUUGCGACUGAACUCAUGUGCCAGCAGCACUCCGCAGGCUCUCUUAGAGUUUAGAGAGUGGAGAAAAGUGGUGAAUUCCCAGAAGGCGCCUCUUUCGCUGCUUUGUUCGUGGACAAGGCAAUCUUCCGAUAGCGGAGAUGAUGAAGACUUUGAGGACUUUCAUUUAUUGUGCGACGAGUUCAUAGAUAACGGAAGAGCAGUUAAGGGCGGGUCACGGUUAGCGGCUGAGCUGGACUCGUGGCUACUUGCACAGCCCCACGGUGAAGAUGUCAGCUGGAGAGGCAGCCCUAAACUCCAGAGGCAGUGGUCGGACCCGUCAUCGGAGGCAGAGCUAAAGACAAAUCUAGCAAUGGCUGUGAGCGGUAGCCAGCGAACAGAGAGGUCUCAGCUAUAUUGGAUGAAACGUUGA